GUUUUUUUGCUUCUCCUCCCAACCUCACAAGUUUCAGAGCCACAUACAAACGUACACAUCCACUGUGCAAAUUUUUUUUGGUCAAAACAUCUACUGUGGUAUGAUUCUAUGGAAAAUAUUGCAAUUUAGCAAAAGGGAACAGUGUUUUGCCUAGAGGAAAAUCCAAGGCCUUAAAGAUGUUAGCAGGAAAGUACGAAAGAGGGGAAGAGGAGGUAGACUUUUGCAGACAGAGUGACUGAGAGACAGUGACUUCCAAGGCUCCCUUAAAUUUGAUGUGUCCCAUUGCAUCCAUUACGUGUCAGCAUACAUGUCAUUGCUUCUGAGUGACUUCUGACCCAUCUUUUCUUUUCACUUAACUCCGCCACUUAUUCCUCUCUGGCCUUCCAAUUAAUUCAACUCUUAUCAAAUUCUUUCAAGUUCAACCCCUACCCUAUACUUCAAUUCACUUCUUUAUCUCCCCGUAUAUUAUAUUGCCACAGAAAAGCCUGCUUGAAUUUCAUCUCAGUUGAAAACCAACAUGAGCUCUUCAUCAGAGAAAUCCAAUUCUCCAGCCAAGCCAGUGAGAAGAAGGGCAAGCAGAAGGGCUUCCCAGCUUUGUGACAUUAAUGCUGGUGAAAUUAGGAGGCAGAUUUUUCAAGCCUUGCAACUCCAUAGAGCAUCAUCAUCAUCAUCAUCAUCAUCAUCAUCAUCUUCAUCUUCAUCAUCAUCGGCAUCUUCAUCCCAUGUUGUUGUUGGUUCACAAUUUAAUUCAUUGGUGGAGUCCAUGCCUCUGCCUGGACCUGUUUGGUCUACAACUGCACCUUCAGUUUUGGCUCAUGCACCAUCUACAGCAGCAGCAACCAUGGAAGCCUUAGAAUUUGAGUGGGGAGAGAACCAAGCCUCUUCCUAUUCUUGGUGGUUAUCUUUUCUAAAUACCUUGGAUAGUAACAAUGCUGAAAAAUCGAAGUACCCUUUAUCACUGGGAAGUUCUAAUUGGUUGUUUGGUCAGAACCAGAACAGUUGUACAGCACUUGAUCAAGAGCCAUCUUUGGUUGAUGCAAAUGAUCAGAGCCCUUCCCCAGAUGAAUGGUUGAUGCUACCAACUACAGAAGAUGAGGGUGAGAUUGAAAUUCCCUAAGCUUGGGAAUUUGGAUAUAGAUAUAUAGCUUAACAUCUAGUAUUUCAUCCUCAACCAUCUGUUUCAUAUUCUGCUUAGAUUAGAUGAUGAGGAUGAUGUUGUAUUUGUUUCCUUUUAGUGCACUAAUUUAUGUUAAGUACUGUGUAUUAAGUA